UAACAAAUACACACAGUAUUCGUAGCGGAGAAAGUGUGUAUGUGUGUGAGUCGUCUUACCUCUAGUUUUGACAUUUCUCCCGUUUGAUCGCCUCGAAUUAAAAAUAUCAAACAAGCUUGUUUGUUGUUUGCUGAUAUGUCUCUCUUAGUUUUGAACAAGUUUAAACUUUAAAUGUGAUAUUUUGAUCGGUGUUUUCCAGCACAUUGAGAAGCGCAAUACAACAUGACUACAAUAUCUUACGCCUCGGCGUGUCGCGUGUGUGCCCAAACCGGAGCAGACACCAUGGAGUCCAUCUACGAGCCUACGGUGGAAGGAAGGAGCCCUGCACAAGUUAUUGAGGAGUGUUUUUCUAUCGCGAUGAGCUCGUGUGAUGGCUUUCCCAACAAACUGUGUCAGAGUUGUAAGGACCAACUGAAAUCCGUACUGCAUUUCCAUGCAACUAUACUGGAAUCUGAGAAAAAGUUCAAAAGUUUGGUGGCUCUGCCAAAAAUAGAGUUUACGGAACCGGCCGAUGGGAACAUUUCAUCGGUAUUUAUCUCUGAGGAAUACAUUAAAACUGAGGUGGAUUCUGAAUGCGAAGAGAUCGUCCAUGAUAACAUAGACACCGAUGAAGAUGACGAACCAAUAGCUCGGCGGAAGCGUCGAACAAAACGAGAGAAAAAGCGGAAAAUUGUAGAAAAAGUAGAGCUUGUUAUUGAAAAACUAGAGCCUAACACCGUGGUAGAAGAGCCUGUAGAUCAGAAACCCAGCGUUGAGGAAGACGUAAAACCAGAUACGUCGAAGCCGGUAAAGAAGAGAUGGGUGGACAUUCAGAUUGAUUUGAACUCCUCUCCAGACAAUUCAUCUAGUGGUGAGAACUACUCCGACUAUGAUAGUGCCAAUAGCUCAGACAGUGAGGAAGGAGACCAAAAGCCGAAGAAAAAACGCCUGUACUAUGGAGUCAAGGCCGACUCACAACCGAAGCGAUGUUGCGAUUGUAAGGACUUCCCACUGGAUAGUCAUGAAAAGGUUGAAGAACAUUCCGACAAAUAUCAUUACCGGUACCGUGUGACCAACGAGCGGGACAUCGAAGACAAUCCAUUUGAAUGUCCGACCUGCUACAAACGAUUCGAAUCGAAGAAAGAAUUUCUGCGUCAUCAACGUAAGAUGUAUGUGGAACGGUUGCAUCCGUGUCCGAAGUGUGAUGAGGAGUUCGCCAACCAAUAUGUUCUCCAACGACAUCUCAAAUUGUAUCAUAAGAAAAAGAUGAUAAUUGAGCGGAUGGAAGAAUUGCGACAGGAAUCCCACAUAUGUUGCGCCUGUAAGAAAAAGUUUGAUUCUCACGAACAGCUUCGGGCCCAUGCCGAAGACGUUCAUCUCAAGCAGAGUCUCUCGUAUGAUGGAGAUUAUCAAUUUGAAUGUGAGGUUUGCUUCCGUCGUUUCAAAACUCGUCAGUCUAUGAAAGUGCAUCAGUACCGGAUGUUCAAGGGCAAGAAGUUCAUCUGCGCUCUUUGUGGCAAAGCAUUCAAGGAAAAGGCGUUCCUUCGUGAUCAUGAAAACUCCCACAGAAGAGAAAAGCCCUACGAGUGUCCAAAGUGUGACGCCCGGUUUUCCAUCAAAGGCUCGUACGACGCUCAUGUUCGGUUACAUGACGCAAAAGAAGAAUUCAAGUGCGAAUACUGUGGUCGUGGGUUCCGAACGAAAAGUCUGCUCAAGGGUCACCUCACCGUUCACUCGGAGGAUCGUCCCUUUAAAUGCCAUCUGUGUCCAAUCACGUUCACCCAGCAGCGCCUGUUGGAUUCCCACAUUGAGUUUCACCUGGGCAACAAACCAUUCAAGUGUCAACAGUGUCCGGCAUCGUACCGUUAUCAGCGUGAUUUACGGGGCCAUAUACGCGAGAAGCACGAGGGAAUUCUCAACUUCCAGUGUACGUUCUGUCCGAAGGCGUUCAACCGGAAGAAGCCACUGUUGGUGCAUCUGAAAACACACGAAGCAAUUUAAUGUAGACUGGCGCCCAUGUGAAUUGUCAAUAAAAUAUUGUGUACGUAUAUUUUAAGUGCCGUGAAUUA